AUGCUUGAUUUCUGGUUGAAUUACUUGGACAACCCGACAUUGUCGGUGUUGCCGCACGACUUCUUGAGACCUUUGAGCGGAAAGUCCGUCGAAGGAACCAAGAAGUUCACCAUACCAAACAGCUCGGAUUUCACUACUGGCUUGGCUAUUUUCGCUGCUUUAAUCUACAGACUUACUGGAGAUGAGGAUGUCGUAAUUGCCACUGAUGCUGCUAGUGCCGGUGAGCCAUUCAUUGUGAGAUUGAACAUUGACGCAUCCAUGACUUUUGCUCAGUUGUUGGAGAAAGUGAGAGUUGAAUUUAACGCCAACCAGAAGAAAGUUGAGUACCACAAUUUGGGAGAUAUUGCCAAUGCCAUGAAGGACAGAAAGGGUCUUGAUUCUCACCCUGAAUUGUUUAAGGUUUCUUACCAGCAUGCUAGAGAUUCGCAGAAGUUAGAAACCGUGGUCAAGGGUUCAGUCAGAGACUUGGCCAUUUUCACUGAUAACAACGGCAACUUCUCAAUCUACUACAAUGCUUUAUUAUACACUCGUGAACGUAUGGACAUUUUGGCUGAUCAAAUUACUCACUUUUUCUCUGCUGUGACUUCGAGCCCUCAGGAGGUGAUCACUAAGGUCAACUUGGUAACCGACUCUCAGAGAUCGCAUUUGCCAGACCCAACUUUGGACUUGGACUGGAGUGGUUUCCGUGGUGCCAUUCAGGACAUCUUCAUGGAAAACGCAGCCAAAUUUCCUGAUAGGACUUGUGUGGUGGAGACCAAGUCAUUCAUGGAUGCUAACUCUAAGACUAGAACCUUCACGUACAAGCAAAUCAAUCAAGCUUCUAAUAUCGUCGGAAACUAUUUGAAGGAGACCGGAAUCAAGAAGGGCGACAUUGUCAUGAUCUAUGCAUACAGAGGUGUAGACUUGAUGGUGGCAGUGAUGGGUGUUUUGAAGGCUGGUGCUACUUUCUCGGUCAUCGACCCAGCUUAUCCUCCAGCCAGACAGAACAUCUAUCUUUCUGUUGCCAAGCCCCAGGGUUUGAUCGGUUUGGAGAAGGCCGGUGUCUUGGACCAGCUUGUGGAGGAGUACAUCUCCGACGAAUUGAAUGUCAUCUCUAAGAUCCCUCAAUUGAAACUCCAAGACGAUGGUUCAGUUUCUGGUGGUAACUUGCCUGAAUCUUCUGACGAUUGCUUGGCCGCUUAUGUCCUGUUGAAGGAUAAGCCUACUGGUGUCGUUGUGGGACCUGACAACAACCCAACCUUGUCUUUCACUUCCGGUUCAGAAGGUAUUCCAAAAGGAGUUUUGGGUCGUCACUACUCGUUGGCCUAUUACUUCCCAUGGAUGGCCAAGCGUUUCAACUUAUCCUCUGAAGACAAGUUCACUAUGUUGUCUGGUAUCGCCCAUGAUCCUAUCCAAAGAGAUAUGUUCACACCAUUGUUCUUGGGAGCACAAUUGUUGGUUCCAACCGCUGACGAUAUUGGAACCCCAGGUAAGUUGGCAGACUGGAUGGCUGAGUAUGGUGCCUCCGUAACUCACUUGACCCCUGCAAUGGGUCAAUUGUUGAGUGCUCAAGCCUCCACACCAAUUCCAACUUUGCACCAUGCCUUCUUCGUGGGAGAUAUUUUGACUAAGAGAGACUGUCUCAGAUUGCAAACUUUGGCUGAGAAUGUCUACAUCGUCAAUAUGUAUGGUACCACCGAGACUCAGAGAGCCGUGUCGUAUUUCGAGAUCGCCAGCAGAGCCUCAGACCCUAACUACUUGAAGAACUUGAAGGAUGUCAUGCCUGCCGGUACGGGAAUGUACAAUGUGCAGCUUUUGGUGGUGAACAGAAACGAUAGAUCUCAGACCUGCGGUGUUGGAGAAAUCGGAGAAAUUUACGUCAGAGCCGCUGGUUUAGCUGAGGGCUAUAGGGGCUUGCCUGACUUGAACAAGGAAAAAUUCGUCACGAAUUGGUAUGUUGACCCAGAGCAGUGGGUUGUUGCAGACGAAAAGAAUAAGACCGAAGUUCAGAAGGCAUGGAGAGAGGCCCUGUGGUUGGGACCAAGAGACCGUUUGUACAGAACUGGUGACUUGGGUCGUUACUUGCCAGACGGAAAUGUGGAAUGUUGCGGUAGAGCCGAUGAUCAGGUUAAGAUCAGAGGUUUUAGAAUCGAGUUGGGUGAAAUCGACACUCACAUGUCCCAGCAUCCAUUGGUGAGGGAAAACGUCACAUUGGUGAGGAGAGAUAAGAACGAGGAGCCAACCUUGAUCUCUUACAUUGUUCCAAAGGAUUCCCCAGAGUUGAAGGAGUUGAAGGACGACGUCGAGAAUCUGGACGACCCAAUAGUCAAUGGUUUGGCUGCCUACGGUCCAUUGAUCAGAGACAUCAAGAAGUACUUGAAGUCCAGAUUGGCCACAUACGCCAUCCCAACCAUUAUUGUUCCAUUGGUUAAGUUGCCUCUUAAUCCUAAUGGUAAGGUCGACAAGCCUAAGUUGCCAUUCCCAGACACUGCUCAGCUCGAGGCUGUGGCCAGGUUGACAGCUUCGCAAAAGGGUGUCAACGCUGACGAGGAGUCCUUCAAUGAAUUGGAGAAGACCAUUCGUGACUUGUGGUUAGAAGUUUUGCCCAGCAGACCAGCAACCAUCUCCAAGGAUGACUCUUUCUUCGACUUGGGUGGUCACUCCAUCUUGGGUACCCGUAUGAUUUUCGAGUUGAGAAAGAAGCUCAAUGUGGAUGUUCCUUUGGGUGCUAUUUUCAAGAACCCUACCGUCGAGUCAUUUGCUGACGAGGUGAGAAAGUUCAUCAAAGGAGAUAGUGCCCAGUUGGCAGAUGGCACUGAGAGCCACGAGGUCGAGAUCGACACUUCUGUUACCUACGCUGAUGACGCCAAAGAGCUUAUUCACUCUGCCUUGUUGAAAGAAUAUCCAUCUUUGGAGGCCUUGGACUUCUCCAAGACCGUCAAUGUCCUUGUGACUGGUGUGACUGGGUUCCUUGGUUCGUUCAUUUUGAGAGACAUUUUGACGGGUCGUCAAGGUUCGUUCAAGGUAUACGCCCACGUCAGAGCUUCUUCCAAGGAGGCUGGUUUGGAGAGAUUGCGUAAGACAGGAAAGACUUAUGGAAUUUGGAACGAGGAGUGGGCCAAGCACAUCGAGAUUGUGUUGGGUGACUUGUCGAAGCCAAAGUUUGGUUUGGACGAUGCUGCCUGGAACGACUUGGCCAACACCAUCGAUGUCAUUGUUCACAAUGGAGCCUUGGUCCACUGGGUGUACCCAUACUCCCAAUUGAGAGAGGCCAACGUGAUCAGUUCUAUUAAUGUGAUGAAGUUAGCUGGUGAGGGUAAGGCUAAGUUCUUCUCGUUUGUGUCUUCUACUUCCGUUCUCGAUACUGACUACUUUAUUGAUGACUCUGACGAAUUGACCUCCAGAGGCUUUGCUGGAAUUCCAGAGUCCGACGAUUUGUCGGGAUCUGCCACUGGUUUGGGCACCGGAUACGGUCAAUCUAAGUGGGUAGCUGAGUUUAUUGCCAGAAAAGCUGGUGAGCGUGGAUUGAAGGGAUGUAUCACUAGACCGGGUUACGUAACGGGAUUCUCUUCUACAGGUUCGUCUAACACUGACGAUUUCUUGUUGAGAAUGUUGAAGGGAUGUGCCGAGUUGGGUUCGUACCCAGACAUUUCCAACAACGUGAACAUGGUGCCUGUUGACCAUGUUGCUAGAGUUGUCGUAGCUACUGCUUUACAUCCACCUCAGGCGCACUACUUGUCUGUUGCUCAGGUGACUGGCCACCCAAGAGUCAAGUUUAACGAGUUCUUGGGUGCAUUGAAGACGUACGGUUACGAAGUGCAUUGUGAAGACUAUCCAACAUGGAGAAGUCAAUUGGAGAAAUACGUGGUGGAAGAUUCCAAGGAUUCGGCCUUGUUCCCAUUGUUGCACUUCGUGUUGGACAACUUGCCUCAGGACACCAAAGCUCCAGAGUUGGACGAUCAGAACGCAGUCAAGGCCUUGAAGGCAGACGUUGCGUUGACCAAGCAGGAUGUCAGUGGAGGAAAGGGUGUGGAAGAAAAGCAGAUCAGUAUCUACAUCAGUUACUUGGUGAAGAUCGGAUUCUUGCCAAAGCCUACUGGAUCUGGGAAGUCGUUGCCUGAGGUUGAGUUAAGCGAGGAGACUUUGGCCCUCAUUUCUGCUGGUGCCGGAGGCCGUGGUUCUGCCAAUUAA